AUGCGUCGAAUUCCGCCCUGUACAGGCGGUAUCGAUGUGACCGUCUAUUAAUGUAAUUUACAUAAUAAUCAGGCAGUUACAGUGCAGGCGACUUUGUCUUUAUCGGGCUGACGAAGUCUGAUAUCUGUCCAGAUAAAGUCAGACUUCCAGCUCUUCUGGCGGGAGUUUUAAUAACCUAAGCCGCGGUUCAGUAAAUUCAUAGGUUUUUUUUGUUCCUAUAUGAGAUUGUUGGAUCAAUACAAUUUUUGAUACAUCGUGUGAUAUUGAACCGUUCGAUGCAAUGCGCUGUAUCGACCAUGUGUUUCUGAUGAAUGAGCAACAAAAGAAAACAAAGAGGAAAAAAGAGAUGCUCAGAGGAUAUACUCUCCUCGUACUCUGUUAAUCAGAUUCACAUGCUGACAGGAUCAUCUGAAAUCCGCCAUUCUUCCCAGCAUCUUCUGACUCACCGUGGUCUUCAGUGAUCUUUGAAAACAUUGACAGACGAAGCAUUUGUCUGGAACCUAACCCCCAGCAAGGGAAUUACUCUGUUCUGAUGUGGAUCCUACAAGAAGACUGGAUAUUGAUUAAUAAGGGUAUAUCUACGGACCAACGAACAGAGCAACGCGGAGAAAGUGAACAGAUAUACUUCGAGUACUGAGCAGAUGUUUACAAAAACCCGGAACAGUUGAGUCGGACGAAGGAAGGCUCACGGGAUAUACGUACGAACAGACAGCGUUUUCUUUGUUUACACAAAGGGAUGAGCACCUCCGGAUGAAGAAGCUACAUCACAUGCUGUUUUCUAUGUUAAGAUGAGUUUAUUAGCUUUAGAUGAAGAGGUGUGAAUUCUCUAACGGUCGUGGUCAAUGGACUAGUAUCUUCUAAAGACGGCGUGAGUGUAUCACUAAUUAACGCGAGGGAGAGGACAGACAAGGUAACACAAGACUCGUACAAGGUGUGUCGCGGCCUCUCUCUACAGGAAGUGGUAUCGCUGAUGCGUUUUUUUGUGUGAAUCAGAUACACUUGACCUGUAUUAUAGGUUAAAUUGGCGAUUCUUUUAUUAAAAGAAAUUCGGGUUAGAGGACCAGAUGUACAGCGAAUGAUUAAUGACACUGACGCCUGGAUUCAGAGGCAAGACUGCGCGCUGCUUAUUAUUGGAGUUCGUUUUAACUCGACGAAACCUUGUCUGACAGACUGGGAGCUAUAAUAGACAUUAAAACAAUUGAUGCCGCCAUAACCGAAGCACAUUUAAUUUACGGUUAAUUUAUUACAUAGUCGAUGUGCUGGUGGCUACACAUGGAAACUGAGCGAGAAAUGUACACACAGAUCGGUGGCGCGUGCUAUUGCGGCCAUUACACAGGUGCGGCGGGGGGUAAAGCCGAGGGACAGGCUCAAACUCACAGGUAUGGUGGCCGUGUACCCAGAGUAUCCACGAUGAAGACUUUGAUGAUUAUUGUGAUAUACACACAGCUGUUGAUGAUAAAUUCUGUGAUCGGAAUGCCAGCUAGGGACGUCUCCAUGUUAGAAGGGGAUGCUGUGAUGAACGUCAUUAAAUGCAUCGAAAUUCCUGGCCGAGUUUGGAUACAUAUCACAGCGUCAGGUGGAACAGGGUGCACAGAGUCUUAUGGCCGUGGACAUUUCAAAGGCCAUCAAAAAGCUACAGAGAAUGGGUGGUAUCACACCCACGGGGGUUCUAGACAUUCGGACUCAGGAGCUUAUGCAUAAGCCUCGUUGUGGAAACAAGGAUACAGUGGAAGAAGAGGGAUCCCGAAAGAAAAGAUAUGUUCUGGCCCCCUCCAAGUGGAAUCAUAAGGAUUUAACCUAUAGAAUCGAGAACUAUACGCCGGACCUUCCAUGGCAGGAGGUACGACGUGUACUAGCAGACGCCUUUAAAGUUUGGAGUGACGUCACUGACCUAACUUUUACAGAGGUCAUGCAUACCAGCGCAGACAUAAUGAUCAAAUUUGCCAGCAAAUAUCAUAAAGAUGGUUAUCCAUUUGAUGGAAAAGGACUCAUAUUGGCUCAUGCCUUCUUCCCUGGGAAAGACAAGGGAGGCGAUACGCAUUUCGACGAAGAUGAAAAAUGGACGAUCAAUUCCAACGAAGAAGGCGUCGAUUUAUUUAUGGUCGCCGCUCAUGAGUUUGGGCAUGCGCUGGGACUAAGUCAUAGCAAUGAGCCGAAAGCGUUGAUGUACCCGUGGUAUCAAGGCUACAUACCAAACUUCCAACUUCCAUACGACGAUACUGUUGGAAUUCAAGUCAUUUACGGUGGUAAGGGGCCAUACGCAACUCUUCCCCCUAGGGAACGAACAACCCCCCGCCCUGACACAGGAGGGGGACCGAACACUUUAGCUCCACCUCGAAAAGCUCCAAUAGAUCCGUGUAAGGGAAGCUUCAAUGCCAUAGCUGUUAUUCGCUCUGAAGUGUUCAUAUUCAUUGAAAAGUACUUUUGGAGAAGCCCUGACCCUAAGACCAUUCUGUCCAGUGAGCCGAGCGUCAUCCAUGACUUCUGGUACGAUCUGCCAGAAGACGUAGAGACCAUUGAUGCUGCUUUUGAACACCCCACCAAUCGAAGAAUCUACUUCUUCUACGGUAACAGAUACUGGAUUUAUGAUGGAAACAAUAUGGCUGGUGGACACCCCAAAAAUGGAAAACCCAUCACAGACUUUGGCAUUCCCAAAGACAUCAAGAAAAUAGAUGCUGUGUUUGUCUGGAGCUUUAACAAGAGAAUAUAUCUGGUCAGUAAUGACAUGUACUGGAAAUUAAAGGAAUCGGACACUUACAUAGAGCCGGACUACCCACGGGACAUGAGCAUCUGGAAAAAUGUCCCUAUACCCAUUGACACCGCUUUUAAUUUAUACGAUAGUACAUAUUUCUUCAAAGGUGAGAACAUGUACAAGUUUUAUGACAUGAAAAUGAGGGUGGCCUUGAACUGGCCCCAACCUGUGAAAAAUUUUCUAGGAUGUAGGGAUAGUGCAAGUUUACGCAAGUUGGGAGAUUCUCCUCAGAAAGCUCAACAUUUAGGAAGUUCCAACAGUGCCUCAAACCAGGGGAAUUUGACAAUAAGUUUUCUUCUUGUAAUUCUACAUUUUAUAUACAAGGGGUUUGUAAGUUUAUAGGCAAGCUCAGUGAGGGUAUGUCUGUAUGCAAGUCCAUCAGUAUGUUCAGCUUCCCUGUAUUUGGAUGACCAAAUCAUACAGCACCUGAUAAAACAGGUAAAAAUUGCUUUAUUUCCAAGACGUACAAUCAAAAUACUAUGCUGCUCUUUCUGUCAACUAGAGGCCAUGUGAUCCAAUGGUCUGAGCCCUGUGUUUGCUGGAGCGCCUGUCUGAAUGUGUUGUGGAUGCCUUAGGCCAUAGCCAUAGCCUGUAAUUGUAUUAUGUAUCAAAAUAACAUUGAUCAAUAAGGUUAUGAAUAUAAAUGGAAAUCACUAUACCCAGGUAACUAUCAAAUUACUUUCUCAAGCUGCAUAAUAGAUAAUCAUUUAGAAAACUCCAAACAUGUCUGUAAGUAUUUGUUAAUGAAAGUAAAAUUUUAGAAUCUCUCCAGCCCAGAUUCAUAGUCUUUUGACUGAAUAUAACGAUAGUCUUGUAGUCCUUUUAUAGCCGACUUGUUUGGUCUGCUAAGGGUGACAGGUAUCUCUUGUUUGAUCAGUGUAUUGUUUGAAUGGACGCUGUGUCCCUCCAGUAACGUGGAGUCUAAUUGUGAUCGAACUACCCAGGUUGUGAGACUGUCUCUUUUGCCUUUUAUUUAUGUUGUUGCCAUAUCAAAUUGUAUGUUAUAAAUGAAAACCUCCUCCCAUUUGAAUGAGAUUCGACCUCUUUUUAUUUGACAAAUGUGUACCAGUUAUAAUCAUCCUCGUUAUAUGUAUGUUUAUAUAUAUGUCGAUUUUUCGUUCUGAAUUAUACAUGUAGGUUCAUGUGCUUCUUUUCUGUAGUCCUUUUGACAUUUUAUACUCCUGUUUUUAAAAAAAAAUAUUCUUGCCAUAACUAAUUAUUGUUGAUUAGAAAUAUAUUUUUUUUAUAUUUCCAGUUAAAUUAAUGUGCAAAAAAAAAAUCAUUAGGUUUCAGGAGAGAGAAUAUAGAAAAUAUAUAUCACUAGUAUACAUGUACCAACAUACCAGGUCAAUCCAGGUAUUACCAAAACAAAACCUUUUUUGGGUAGCACAGCUUAGAGAUGAUUUGCUAAUUUUCACCAUAGAUGUGUAUCGUAAUAGCACAAAACAAGAGUAACCAUUGCCUCGGUAUAUAAUACUUGUCAGCUCUUUCAUUUAGUAAGUUACCCUUAAAGAUCUGAAAAUGUCUCAGUUUGUUGUCAUAGAUCUUAACCCAGCAAAAUAUAUAUGGAUCCCAGAUCUAAGAAAUCCAUUUGAACAUAUAACAGCCCGCUAGAUGAUUUCAAUUUAUCAUUUGUAGAUGUACUUCAUAGAAUACUCCAUGCUUGUGAAAGCAUACAAGAUGCAAUACUUUAUAUUUUCCAAACAUUAUUUUUGUACAGUGUUUAAUUAUUCACUUCAUAGUUAGUGAAUCUGACACGCCAUCAGUCCCUUUAAUACUCAUUAGUCACAGAUUAGUGCUUCUUUGUAAUCAAGGCUUGUUAUGUUAAACUAUUAUGCAGUGAAACUGGUCAAACUUAGAUGGUGCAAUCAAAAUUAUGUGUUAAUUUUUGUUUCGGACCAAACGAGUCAAAUGAAAAGACCAUUUUACAGU